AUGGAAGCCAUUAAUGUGCUUCAUCUGCUCCUUAUCUCUCAGUUUUUUGCUUUUCUUUUCGCGCAAGCAACAGAUAUAAUCACACCAAACCAGACUUUAAAAGAUGGAGACACUAUUGUUUCAAAAGAUGGGAGCUUCGAGCUCGGGUUUUUCUCUCCAGGAGGAUCAAGAAACCGUUAUCUAGGGAUUUGGUACAAGAAAGUCUCUCUACAGACAGUUGUUUGGGUCGCAAACAGAGAUUCUCCUCUCUACGACCUCUCAGGAGCCCUAAAAGUCAAUGGAAACGGGAGCUUAUGUCUCUUCAGUGGCAUGAACUCUCUCAUCUGGUCAUCAUUUUCUUUGAAGAAGAUCGAUGCAAGAUACCCUAUUGUACAGAUUCUUGAUACAGGUAACUUAGUUGUAAGAAGCUCAGGGGAUGAUCAAGAUUACAUAUGGCAGAGUUUAGAUUACCCAGGAGAUACGUUUCUUCCAGGAAUGAAAUAUGGUAUCGAUUUUCUAACCGGUUUUAACCGGUUCUUGACAUCUUGGAAAUCUCCAGACGAUCCAUCAACUGGUAACUAUACAAAUAAACUUGAUCCAAACGGUGUUCCGCAGUUUUUCUUGAAGAGAAACUCCGUUGAUGUCUUCAGGGCUGGUCCAUGGAAUGGUCUAAGAUUCACUGGUAUGCCUAACCUAAAACCUAACCCAAUUUAUCGGUAUGAGUUUGUGUUGACGGAGGAUGAAGCUUACUACACGUACAGGCUUGAGAACCCUUCAGUGAUCACAAGAAUGCAGUUGAAUCCUAGUGGAGCUUUGCAGCGUUACACUUGGGUGGAUAGUCAUUGGAACUUCUAUCUAUCAGCUGAAAUGGAUAGCUGUGAUCUCUACAAGUUGUGUGGCUCUUACGGAAGCUGUAACAUCAAUGACUCUCCAGCUUGUAGGUGUUUAAAAGGGUUUGUUCCUUAUUCUCCAAAGGCUUAUUCUGAUGGGGAUUGGUCUAAAGGGUGUGUUAGAAGAGUGAAAUUGAGUUGUGGUGAAGGAGAAGAAGAUUUUCUCAAGAUUUCAAAGUUGAAGUUACCUGAUACAAGAGCAUCGUGGUACGAUAAGAGCAUGGAUUUGAAUGAAUGCAAGAGGGAAUGCUUGAGAAACUGUUCUUGCUCAGCUUAUUCUCCUUUUGAUAUUAGAGAUGGAGGAAGAGGAUGUAUUAUAUGGUUUGGAGAUUUGCUUGAUAUAAGAGAGUAUGAUGAAAAUGGACAAGAUCUGUUUGUUAGGCUUGCUACUUCAGAAAUAGAUACUUUGCAGCGCGAUUUAGACCGUGUUUCCAGCAGGAGACAAGAGGAGGAAGAUCCUGAAUUACCAUUUCUUGAUCUUGAAGUGAUUUCAGAAGCUACAUGUGGAUUCUCUGAUGAGAAUAAGCUCGGACAAGGUGGGUUUGGACCUGUCUACAAGGGAACGUUGUCUACUGGAGAAGAAAUCGCGGUAAAGAGGCUUUCAAGAACGUCAAGACAAGGCAUAGAAGAGUUUAAAAACGAGAUCAAGCUAAUUGCAAAGCUACAACACCGCAACCUUGUCAAGAUACUUGGGUAUUGUGUGGAGGAAGAUGAAAGAAUGCUCAUCUACGAGUAUCAACGUAACAAAAGCUUGGACUCUUUCAUAUUCGAUAAAGAACGGCGCAAGGAACUUGAUUGGCCUAAACGUUUGGAAAUAAUCAAAGGGAUUGCUCGCGGGCUGAUGUAUCUCCAUCAAGAUUCAAGGCUUAGAAUCAUACACCGCGAUCUCAAAGCAAGCAAUGUUUUGCUUGAUUCCGAUAUGAAUCCUAAAAUAUCAGAUUUCGGAUUGGCUAGAACCUUGGGAGGAGAUGAAACUGAAGCAAACACAACUAGAGUGGUUGGAACAUAUGGAUAUAUGUCACCGGAGUAUCAAAUUGACGGGUAUUUCUCAUUAAAAUCCGAUGUAUUUAGCUUCGGAGUUUUGGUAUUGGAGAUAGUAUCAGGAAGAAGAAACCAUGGUUUCUGCAAUCAUGAACACAGGCUUAACCUUCUUGGACACGCUUGGAGGCAAUACAGAGAAGAGAAGGCAAGUGAGUUAAUCGAUGAAGCUUUCAAGGAAUCGUGUACAGAUAUUUCUGAAGUGUUGAGAGCAAUUCAUAUCGGUCUGUUAUGUGUACAACAAGAUCCUAUAGAUAGACCAAACAUGUCAAUGGUGGUUCUGAUGCUAAGUAGUGAAAUGUUGCUUCUUGAUCCCAAGGAACCUGGGUUUUACAACGAGCGAAAUCUCUUGUUUUCUGACACUACAUCGAUUAAUAUUGACGUUCCUUCCAAUAAUUUACAAACCAUGAGUGUAAUGGAGCCUAGAUAA